CAGUUUGCAGUUGGGAGGAAGCAUGGGGAGUGGGAAAAUUGAGGCACAAGAAGCUAGCAAAUUUGAUCGGGUAUUGUUGUGAUGACGAUCAGAGGCUUCUUGUUGCUGAAUACAUGCCUAAUGACACACUGACCAAACAUUUGUUCCACUGGGAAAAUCAAACAAUUGAAUGGGCAAUGCGUUUAAGGGUUGCUUUCUCUGUUGCUGAAGCCUUAAAUUAUUGUAGCAAUGAAGGAAGGCCUCUGUAUCAUGAUCUCAAUGCAUACAGAGUUCUCUUUGAUGAAGAUGGUGAUCCGCGUCUUUCUUGUUUUGGUUUUAUCAAAAAUUUAGCCUACACACCCCCUGAAUACUUGAGAAUUGGAAGGAUCACCCCUGAAAGCGUAGUGUUCAGCUAUGGUACUCUUCUCUUGGAUCUUCUUAGUGGGAAACAUAUUCCCCCAAGUCAUGCACUUGAUAUGAUAAAAGGCAAAAACAUCCACCUCUUCAUGGAUUCUCAUCUUGAGGGAAACUUUUCAACAGAAGAAGCAUCUGCAAUAGUAGACCUUGCUUCUAAAUGUUUGCAAUAUGAACCUAAGGAUCGACCGGAUAUGAAAAGUCUUGUUGCAACACUUGAGUCCCUACAAACUAAAUCUGAGGUACCAUCUCACGUGAUGAUGGGCAUUAAGAAGCAAGAGGAAGCCCCACCCAUACCCCAGCAACCUCUUUCCUCAAUGGGGGAAGCAUGUUCCAGAAUGGAUCUGACAGCCAUGCAUCAGAUAUUGGUUGCCACACAUUACAGAGAUGAUCAAGGAACCAAUGAGUUAUCCUUUCAAGAGUGGACUCAACAAAUCAGAGAUGCCCUUGAAACAAGAAGGCAAGGAGAUAUUGUUUUUCGCGAUAAAGAUUUCAAGACAGCUAUUGACUGUUAUUCUCAGUUUGUGGACGCCGGGUUGAUGGUUUCCCCUACCGUGUAUGUGAGGAGAAGCCUCUGCUAUCUAAUGUGUGACGAAGCCGAUUCUGCUCUUCGAGAUGCAAUGCAAGCACAAUGCCUCAACUCAGAAUGGCCAACUGCUUUCUAUAUGCAGGCUCUUGCAUUGGCUAAGCUGAAUAUGGACAGUGAUGCAGUAGACAUGUUAACUGAAGCAGCAGAACUGGAAGAGAAAAGGCAAAAGGAUGGAUCAAAUUAAUUCUUUUUUUAAAAAUCUUGCCUAUAGGAUAAAUGCUGACAUGUAUAGCCUUCUUUGUGAAUUAUAUGGUAUUCAAGAGAUGAAAAGAUAACAUAAGCUCAUUUUUUUUCCUUGGUAAAAUUUACGUAUAUUGUACAAAUUUCAUCGUUCAACAAAAUGGUAAUCCUUGUUUUCUGGAUCUUAUGCAUCAGGUACAAGUUAAAGAA